AUGAAGAAGAAGGAUAAACAAAUGAAGGAGUCGUCUGAGACACCAGUUGAAACAAAGAGCGAAGUAGGUCAUACAAAACGACAACGGGCUCUUCCGUCAGGCAAAGAAGUGAAGAGAACAUCAAGUCAAGUUUCUACGUAUACUGAUCAUGAGAAGAAAGAACUAUUGUCUGAUGGAGAGGCCAAGCGGUCUAAGAAGAUGGAGUCGACUGAGACACCAGUAGAAACAAAGAGCGAAGUAGCACUCACAAAACGACAACCGGCUCUUCUCUCAAGCAAAGAAGCGAAGAGAAUAUCAAGUCAAGAUUCUGAGUAUAGUGAUUAUGAGAAGAAAGAACUAUUGUCUGAUGGAGAGGCCAGUCGAUCAAAGAAGAAGGAGAAACAACUGAAGGAGUCGUCUGAAACACCAGUUGAAACAAAGCGAGAAAUAGGUCUCACAACACGACAACGGGCUCUUUUGUUAAAAAGGGAUUCCUCUACUUCUUCUGUGGAUCUGAUUGAGUUUCCCAGCGGUUUACCUCCAGCACCGCCUCAAAAACAAAAGCAAAAGCUCUCAGAAGUUGAGCUGCAACUGAAAAGAGCAAAGGCUAAUCAGAAACGUCGAAUGCAACAUGAGAAGGCAGCUUGGGAAUCAGAGGCCGAGGCUAUUAGAAAAAUACUAGGUCAAGAUUCCAGCAGGAAGAAGCGAGAAGAGAAACUAAAGACGGAGCAGGAAGAGUUAGCACAGAAGGCUGCGAAAGAUCUUCCACCAAACACUAUCAGAACGGUUAUCGGCCCUUCUGGAACUACUGUGACAAUUUCUCAUGAUAUUGGUUUGCCAAGUAUUUUCGACUCCAAACCUUGCAGUUAUCCUCCCCCUCGUGAGAAAUGUUCUGGUCCUUCCUGUGAGAACACGUACAAGUACCGUGAUUCCAAGACAAACGUUCCUCUUUGCAGUCUCAAGUGCUACAAGGCAAUUCAUGAAAAGAUGCAGGAUGAAAAGGCCAGCUAACGUUGUUGUGGCAUAUGCAUGUAUUCCUACUAAUUCAUAUUUUUAACUUUGGAAAGGACAACGAAGGCUCUUUUUUUUCCCUCAAUCAUAUUGUGUUUUUUUUUCUACAGUUAUCACAUUUGGAUUAGCCCGGUGAUUCCGAACAUAGAUGG